GAGGAGGAGGAGGGCGGGGAGGGGGAGGGGACUGGGGCUUGGAAGACGGCGGCUCCUCGUCCUCUCUUAUUGCCGCUGAGUUGCGCUCCUCUUCCUCAGGCUGCUAGCAGGAGCCGCCUGGGCGCUUCCCACUUCCCCGCCCGGCCGGGAGACCCUGCGGCAGCAGCGCUCCCGCUCGCCUCCCGCCGGGGCAGAGCACCCCCGCCCCGUCUCCCGGAGCUCGCCCCAGCAGAGCGCUCCCGAGGUUACAGCAGACGCGAGGAUUUUUGUCUGUCUUGUUUGUGUGUUUGUUGGUUUGUUUUCUCUUUUGUUUUGGUUUUUUUUUCCCCCUCGUUUUCGUUUGGCUUUGUAGUCUCACUGGGAAUGGCAGGGACAGCGGCGCCUGGAGAAGGAACAAGUGUGGGGAAAGGGAGAGGGAGCCGGAGCUAAAUGACAGGAUGCGAGCGACUUGAGGCACAGAAAGAAGCCAGCUUCCCUCUCUCUGCCCUCGGGACUGUCCUUGCGCACUGUGCUUUCCUCUCCUGACUCCGUCUGGAGGAUUUAAGACCUAGGAAGAGUUGUGCGUGGAGGGCAUUUUUUUUCCCCUCCUUUUCCUGCUGUCGGAAGGGAAAAUGGAUUGGGGACUUCUCCUGCACUGUGCAGCCCUCACCUUCACCCUCGCCAGGGCUCUGCGAAGCGAUAAGUGCGGCGACACGAUCAAAAUUGUAAACCCCGGGUACCUCACCUCUCCUGGCUACCCUCAGUCCUACCACCCCAGCCAAAAAUGCGAGUGGCUGAUCCAGGCUCCUGAACCUUACCAGAGGAUCAUGAUCAACUUCAACCCCCACUUCGACCUGGAGGACCGCGACUGCAAGUAUGAUUACGUUGAAGUGAUUGAUGGAGAUAAUGCUGAAGGACGUUUAUGGGGAAAGUACUGUGGAAAAAUUGCUCCCCCUCCUGUAGUGUCUUCAGGACCAUAUCUUUUUAUUAAAUUUGUUUCUGACUAUGAGACACAUGGAGCAGGAUUUUCUAUUCGUUAUGAAGUUUUCAAAAGAGGACCUGAAUGUUCCAGAAAUUUUACUUCUUCAAGUGGAGUGAUAAAGUCCCCUGGAUUCCCUGAAAAAUAUCCCAAUAGCCUUGAAUGCACUUAUAUUAUCUUUGCACCAAAGAUGUCAGAGAUUAUACUGGAAUUUGAAAGCUUUGAGCUAGAACCUGAUUCAAAUACUCCAGGGGGAGCUUUCUGUCGCUAUGACCGAUUAGAAAUCUGGGACGGAUUCCCUGAUGUUGGCCCCCACAUCGGGCGGUAUUGUGGGCAGAACAACCCAGGACGUGUCCGGUCUUCAACAGGGAUUCUUUCAAUGGUAUUUUAUACUGACAGUGCAAUAGCAAAAGAGGGAUUCUCAGCAAACUACAGUGUGUCACAGAGCAGUGUAUCAGAAGAUUUCCAGUGCAUGGAACCACUAGGUAUGGAGUCAGGAGAAAUUCACUCUGAUCAAAUCACUGUCUCCUCCCAGUACAGCGCUAUCUGGUCUUCAGAAAGGUCCCGGCUAAAUUACCCUGAGAAUGGAUGGACCCCAGGGGAAGACUCUAUCAGAGAAUGGAUACAGGUAGAUCUAGGCCUUCUCCGCUUUGUUUCUGGAAUUGGGACCCAGGGAGCCAUCUCAAAAGAAACAAAGAAAGAAUAUUAUCUGAAAACAUACCGUGUGGAUGUCAGCUCCAAUGGAGAGGACUGGAUUACACUGAAGGAGGGAAACAAACCUGUUGUGUUUCAAGGGAAUAGCAAUCCCACUGAUGUUGUUUACAGACCUUUUGCCAAACCAGUUUUAACUCGGUUUGUGCGAAUUAGACCUGUGUCUUGGGAAAAUGGAGUAUCACUGAGAUUUGAAGUUUAUGGCUGCAAGAUAACAGAUUACCCUUGCUCUGGGAUGCUUGGUAUGGUAUCUGGGCUCAUUCCUGACUCUCAGAUUACUGCAUCUACUCAAGUAGAUCGAAACUGGAUCCCAGAAAAUGCUCGCCUCAUAACAAGCCGUUCAGGUUGGGCACUGCCACCAACUACUCAUCCAUAUACAAAUGAAUGGCUUCAAAUUGACCUUGGUGAAGAAAAAAUAGUGAGAGGCAUAAUUGUCCAAGGAGGCAAGCACCGAGAAAACAAAGUAUUCAUGAAAAAAUUCAAAAUUGGAUACAGCAAUAAUGGAUCAGAUUGGAAAAUGAUCAUGGAUUCCAGCAAGAAAAAGAUAAAGACUUUUGAAGGCAACACCAACUAUGACACACCUGAACUGAGGACUUUUGAACCUGUAUCGACGAGAUUCAUCCGUGUCUACCCUGAGAGAGCCACACACGGAGGACUGGGGCUGAGAAUGGAGCUGCUGGGCUGUGAACUCGAAGCUCCUACUGCUGUCCCUACUGUUUCUGAAGGCAAACCCGUGGAUGAAUGUGAUGAUGACCAGGCAAACUGUCACAGUGGCACAGGUGGUACUACGGUGCUGAAUACAGAAAAGCCAACUGUAAUAGACAAUACAUUACAACCAGAGCUGCCACUAUACAACUUCAACUGUGCCUUUGGCUGGGGAUCCCAAAAGACUUUGUGCCACUGGGAGCAUGACAACCAGGUGGAUUUAAAGUGGGCAAUCCUGACCAGCAAAACUGGACCGAUCCAAGACCACACAGGAGAUGGCAAUUUCAUUUACUCGCAAGCUGACGAGAGCCAGAAAGGAAAAGUUGCCCGACUGCUGAGCCCCGUGAUUUACUCACAGAACUCUGCCCACUGCAUGACUUUCUGGUACCACAUGUCGGGUGCACAUGUUGGCACCCUGAAGAUCAAACUGCGGUACCAAAAGCCCGAUGAAUAUGACCAGGUGCUGUGGACCCUAAGUGGGCAUCAGGCGAACUGCUGGAAGGAAGGACGUGUUCUUCUUCAUAAGUCAGUGAAACACUACCAGGUGGUUAUUGAGGGAGAAAUUGGAAAAGGAACUGGAGGAAUUGCUGUGGAUGAUAUUAAAAUUGACAGUCACGUAGCACAAGAGGAUUGCAAAAAAUCAACUGAUGUGGAGAAUGAAAUAAAUGAAGAAGACUCAGAAAGUAAUCAAACAGGGUUUACACCUCCAUACAAUACAGGUGAUGACUAUGAUGAUAACAUCUCCAGGAAACCAGGCAAUGUCCUGAAGACCUUAGAUCCAAUCCUUAUUACCAUCAUAGCCAUGAGUGCCCUCGGGGUGCUCUUAGGAGCCAUCUGUGGAGUUGUCCUGUACUGUGCCUGUUGGCACAAUGGGAUGUCAGAGAGGAACUUGUCUGCACUGGAGAAUUACAAUUUUGAACUGGUUGAUGGUGUAAAACUGAAAAAAGAUAAACUAAACACACAGAAUUCAUACUCGGAAGCAUGAAGGUAUAAAGCAACUGGAGACAUUUCAGAGAAUCGGGAUGGAAGGACAUAGCUCGGUCGUGCUGGGGAACUGUUGAUCUUCUUUUACUGUACAGGCUGAAAAGUGCAUUGAUGACACUGAGCCAAGCUUUUCUCAGGAGCUUCAAUGAGUGUGUAACCGAUUAAACAUGGACAACAAUUUGUGUUAACAAUCUGAAUCAUGUACAGUCUGCUUUUUUUGUUGGUUUUAUUUGAAAUAAUCAAACGCUGGUGUUGAGACCAAGUAUGAUUGAUUUAGAGUUCAUUUUGUCUUUCUUUCUCUCCCUCUCUUUUGUUUUCCAUUAAUGGAUAAUUUUGGUUUUACUGUGCAAAAUCCAAGAUGCUGUCACAAAAUUUAUUCAGUGGGGUCCUUUGGAUGGACAUGCUGUCUGUAGCUCAGUGCCCAGAAAAUAUGGAGUAACAACAAUUUAGUGGACUCCUGCACCUGUAUCUGUGUAUAAUUGCUCGUGUUGUGCAUAGGCAAAGAAGGGUUAGGAUGUUUUUGAAAGUACUGCUGCAUCAGUACUGGUAUAGUGUGUCAGCUCUGUUUACGAAGCAAUACAGUCAAAUUUUAUUGAUGUUUUUCAGUGUUGUACUAAAUUUUGUGCUUGUGAACUCCAUAAAAGAGUAUGUGCCAUCAUCAGACACAACUGGUAACCAAGUGUACUGCCUAAAAACUAAACAAGAAGUCCUUGGCACUGGCUAGUGUAUGUCCUCUCAAGUGCCUUUUUGUUUGUACUGCUUCUCAUUGUGUUAACAUUAACUCCAGCUCUGCUUCUCGGCAGUUGCGCCCUUGUCUUUAAUCAUAUUCUGGUGGCUCAUUGACUAAAAGAAAAGUAUAUUUUAGUGUAAGAAAGCAGCCUCAGCAAGGCAAUGAUCACAUUUGACAACAUGGCUCGAUUGUUCUGCUUUCUGUAUUUCAACUUCAUGUCUCUUGACCCUUUUGUAUAAAGCUGCAAUAGCCCCUGUUAUUGUUCUUUCAUAUAGAAUGUAUUUUCAAAUGUAAAAUUUCUCUCCUUUUCUCGUCUCUCUCUCUCUCUCUUCCUCUCUCUGAGUAGUUUGCAUAAGCAUUUGCCAUUGCCAAGGAAAGAAAACUGCAGCUUUAACUUGUUGGUAAUGGCAAAGGAUUUUAUUAGAGUUUGUGAUAAAAAAUAAGGGAAAAUUCUUAACUUUACCCUCCAAAGUCGAACUUUGGGUUUCUUCUUAACAGCAUAAAGUGACAGUAUCUUUUUUCCUGAAGUCAUGAAACAUCUCUUUUAUCCUGAACAGCUUUCCUGUUAAUUACACGAGGGAAAAUUAUUCCCAUACAGCAGAGAUUGCCUUUAAAAUGAGAAACUUUCCUCCUCCUGCCCCUACCUGAACCCAGAGUUCUGUUCUCUCAGUAAACAUGUAUUUUUAUGCUAAUCAAUGCUAAUUGGGCUUACACAUGAGUACUGAGAGCAGAAUAAAAUCCCACAGUGUAUGUAGGAUAUGUUUUACCAUCCUGAUACAUCCCAUUGGCAUACCAGGAGGUUUUUGUUUGACCAGAACUGCAGAUAGUGACAAUUCAGUGAGCUGAGUAGUGCAAGCUGACAGAAAAAUGUGUUUGGCAAUUAUGUGGCAAUUUCUUAAUAUUUUAGAGCAAAUAUUGUUGGACAAAUAAUAUUCAACAGCCUAUGCAGCUGGUCCAACAGGGUAAAAAAAAACAAGAUCUUGUUGCCCUCCAGGGUGCAGAGAGGGCAGGGGCCCAGAGGGAUCACUCUCCUCCCACAGAUGCAAGGGGAGCCCCUGGAUUUCUGUGGGCUCCCACACACAGCACAGCCAUAACUGGGGAGGAAAAAGGCAGCUUUAACCUUCCCCUGGGUGUCUACCAACCAGCAUAUAAAAACAGUGAAAACAUGGGGAAAGGAAUCUCCUGCAAAGUGCUGAACUCCUGUUUCCUCACUGAAUCCCCUGACAGAGUCAGGGAACUGAUUGUGACUUUCUGAAUUAGUGUUUUCCAAAAUUGCUUAUGUAGUAGAGCAAGGAAGAAGCCAGUCCAGGAUUAGGACUAAAGAAGGGCUAAUUCAACCUUGCAUUACUAAAGCAACAGAACCCACAAAGCAUGUAGAAAAUUCACCAGUAACUUAGAAAUUUAAGAAUAGGGAGGGUAGUUGGAAAUUAAAAUAUGAGUUUGGAAACCGAGAGUAUUUCAUUGAAAAAACAGUGGACAACUGCUACUUCAAAUGGGUUCUAAAGGCAGAGACUAUAAUGAAUAUUCAAACACCCAUUUAGAUAUCUGAAUUGGAAGAGCUACCCCAGGGUUUGGACCCCAGGUCCUCCAUAAGGUAAGACAGAGCAGCUAAGGCCUGAAAGUUAGGCCUAAAAGUUAGCCCACAAAAUGUCCCAAGUGAUGAACUCACUUUGGCAGAGGCAGAAUUUUCAUUUGUAUCCAACAGUGUAAUUUGACCAUAAUGUUAUCGCAGCAGCUAGUUAAUUAACCCAAAGAAAACAUGGAUUUUCAAAACUGUUUUCAGCACACCACCACCAUGUGAUUCAGGUGUUAGGGUCUGUUCUUCUUAGCUGAAGGAAACUUCUAGUCCACUAACCUGGCUGUGAGUUACACGCAGAUGUUGCCUUGAAGAUAAAAUCCCACUGAAAGCCCAAGGCCAAAACCUUUUGAAAUAUUCCCAUGGUUUUCAAUAGAUUCUGGACCAGCUCUUGGUCUUAUCUAUUUGAACAGUAAAGAUGGUGGCUGGUGGGUUUUUUUCUUCUUUUAACAUACUAAUAAUAGGGAACGUAAAAGAAAUAUAUCUCCUUUGUGGUCUUCAGACCUUACUAUAAUAAUGAGGAUCUAGCACUGAAGAUUUGAUUUCUCUGAAGGUAAGAGAAUGAAAGUUGCCCUUCAAAUAAAGGAAAAAUGAUACUGCAACUUUACAUUGAAAAGUAUCUUGCACUGAUAAAUAUAUUUAAGAAAAUUAUAUGUUUAUAAAGUUAUUAAUUUGUAAAGGCAGUGUUACAAAAUGUUCAGUUUAUAUUGUUUUAGAUUGUUUCAUAAUUUUUAAAGUGUAAAAUAACAUAUUUUUUUCUUUAUUGAAAAACUAUAAAAAUCUUCUGUAGUAAAAUGAUUUCAUUUUACUGGUAUAUUAUUGCUUCAUGUUUUGUACCAUCAUAAAAAUUUGUGCAAAUUUUUUUUACAGAAAUUUUUAUUUUCUAUGACAAUAUGACACUUGUAAAUUGUUUCAAAAUGAACAGCGAAGCCUUAACUUUAAAUGACAUUUGUACUCUCAGACACUGAGUAGCAUAAAAAAAUCACAUAGAACUGAACUGUAACUUAAAUUUCCAAACUAUGACUACUACAUUCCAAAGAAACAGUUGAAUUAAACAUUUUCAUAAAA